AUGAAUGGCAUUUCUGUUGAUAUCAAUCACUUGAAAAAGGGUGAAGUUAAUUUGGGUACGUCCAUUAUGGCUGUCAAGUUCAAGGACGGAGUCAUAUUGGGCGCCGAUUCCAGAACAACCACUGGCUCGUACAUUGCCAAUAGAGUCACAGACAAAUUGACCCAGAUCCAUGACACCAUAUAUUGCUGUCGUUCUGGUUCUGCUGCUGACACUCAGGCUGUUGCAGAUAUUGUCAAAUACUAUCUCCAGAUUUACGCUUCACAAUUGCCGAAUGACGAGAAGCCUACUACACAAGUAGCAGCCAAUGUCUUCCAGGAGUUGUGCUACAACAACAAGGACAAUUUGACGGCUGGUAUCAUCUGUGCUGGGUACGACAAAAAGAAUAAGGGUAGUGUAUAUCUGAUUCCUAUUGGAGGCUCCAUACAUAAACAAGACUAUGCCAUUGCUGGUUCGGGAUCGACGUUCAUCUACGGUUGGUGUAACGAGCACUUCAAGCAUGACAUGGAACAGGAUGAGACCGUUGAAUUCAUCAAGACUGCAUUGUCAGAAGCCAUUAAGUGGGACGGUUCUUCUGGUGGUGUCAUCAGAAUGGUUGUGUUGACCGAGAAAGGUGUAGAGAGAUUGAUCUUUUAUCCUGACGAGUACCAGAAGUAG